AUGGUUAAUGCUGCUUGUGGGGGUAACAUUGAUAAUAAGACACCACAACAAGCCAUGGAGCUCAUAAGUGAGUUUGCUGAAAGUUCUCGCACUUAUUCUAAGAGAAAUACCACUAGGGGAGUUAAAGCGGCAAGUUCUAAAUCAUCUUUGGAGUCGGAAGUGUCCGACCUUAAGGGCAUGUUCCGGCAAUUUUUGGUGAGUGGCAAUCAACAACAAGUGAAGGCUUGUGGUAUUUGUUCCAACAACAAUCAUCCAACCGAUUCUUGUCCGACUUUGCAAGAGGAAACCCGAGAGGUGAAUGCCGUGGGAUAUCAAGGACAAAGGAAGUAUGAUCCAUUCUCAAAUUCUUACAAUCCCGGAUGGAGAGAUCAUCCGGCCUUGAGUUACAAGCAAGGGAAUCCAACUCUUCAAGGAAAUCAGAAUUUUCAACAAGGUCAUAACCCUCCUCCUUACAUAGCACCAUAUCAAGCUCAAGGGAAAUCCUCUAGCUCCAACUCAAUGUCCACCGAGGAUAUGAUCAAGGCCUUGGCUCAAAAUGUGACUACUAUGCAGUCCAACAUGGUGCAAUUUCAACAGGAGACAAGGUCUAGCAUUCACAAUUUGGAAACACAAGUGGGUCAAAUGUCUAGUGUCGUGAAUAAACUUGAGGCCCAAAGUUCGGGGAAGCUACCAUCUCAAACCGAGGUGAAUCCAAAGAAGAAUGUGAGUGCCAUGACUUUGAGGAGUGGCAAAGAGUUGGUGGAUCUAGAGCCUAGCAAGAGCAAGGUUAUGAAGGAGAUUGUAACAAAGGAAGAGGAGGUGGAGGUUCUAGUCCCAUCAAAAGAAGUUGAGAAAUUGAUUGAUAGAGCUAUGCUAGAUUUGGGAGCCUCCAUUAAUGUGCUUCCUUAUUCCUUAUAUGAGUCCGUAGAACUUGGUGAAUUGCUUCCUACUAAUGUUGUCAUACAAUUAGCGGAUCGGUCCACUUCCAUUCCUAGAGGUGUAUUGAAAGAUGUUCUAGUGGAAGUUGAUAAGAUGAUUUUUCCUGCUGAUUUUUAUGUAAUUAACAUGGAGCAUGAUAGGCAUUCCGCCCCUAUUCUUUUAGGGAGGCCGUUCUUGAAAACGGCUAAUGCUAGGAUCGAUUGUGGCACCGGUUCUUUGACCAUGCAGUUUGAUGGUCAAAACGUUGAGUUUAAAUGCAUGAUGCCAUGGGAGGACAACCUUUGA